AUGUUUUUGAUCAAAAAUCUCCUUUUUCCUCCCUUAUACAAACCAAAAUUUUACAAUGAACUAGUUUAUUUUAAUAAAAUUUAUUAUCUGAAUUCCCUCAAUUUUCAUUUUGGUACUUCUCGGAAAAGCUCCCCUAACCGUGACAACACAUCGCACAAUAAACCUAGGAAUGAAGAUAAAAAAUCACACACUAAGACCACUAAGAGUAAAUCGAGGGGAAAUAACUUAAGCAGUAUAAAAGUAGGUGGAAACGAUUUAAAGGGAGUUGGAGUAGAGUACAAUAAACUGUAUUACGAGUGUAUGAAUGAAAUAUACGACAGAAGGUUCGAACUUCAUAAUAUUAAAGAGUCCAAGACGAUUCAAGAUUUGACAAAACAGGAAUAUGAUAUACUCAACAGUGUUUUUAACAGGGUGAAUAACUCCUCAAAGGUUUCCAAUUCUAAUUCUAUGAAUUCGUCAGUAAAGAGUAAACAAUAUGGGAAUACAGGUAAUGAUUUCCGGAUAAAAAUUGAUGUAGGAAUAAGUUUAUAUUGGGAUCCAUUUAAGAAUAUAAAGAAUUUAAAAUUACAAAUAAUUUCGGAAUAUAACCAAUUAAAAAGAUUAGUUGAUAAUGUAAAAUUGUAUAAAUUUAAGCAAGCGGUUAGUUCUUUUUCUUCCUCUGGGACAAAUUUUGGACUCACUACUGUUGAUUCAAAUAGUAGGGUUAAUGAAGAUACUGAAAGUGUGUAUGUCAAGAAUGAGAAUUUUUGGGAUCCAGAUCGUAACAAAAGACUAAUUUUAAAUAACAAUAAUAAACCCUUUUCAUUUCACGAUUUACAUGUGUUACACAAUUUUAUAAGCGAAGAUGGUCAGAUAUUACCAAGAAGGAUAAAUAUGACCACACGUAAGCAGCAGAUACAGAUCUUCAAAGCAAUUAAAAUCGCAAGAAAUUUGGCACUUUUCCCAUAUAAUAACAAACCGUCAUACCAUAAUCAAAUCCCACUCAUCAAUCCCAUAGAAGUUUCACUUACACAUUUUUACAUAUGCAACAUAUUUUUAUAUAUCUAA